UGAUGUAUUCACCAGUGCGAAUCAGAUCGUAUGUUGUGGGGACGAGGGCUACAUGUAGUAUAGAGGUGGCUUACGUUAAUUGUGUAUACUAGGGUGAUCUAGUAUGGACCAGCCUGUCCAGCUAGAUAUUGAUGACACAACGCUAGACGCCACCAUCGACAGACUAUUCAGCGGGUUUGUCACGGGCACAUUUACAAUUGUACCCGCUACAGCGGCAUCCGACAUGACAGGUCUCAGUGGUGGAUUGGGAGAGUCGGCCGCAACUCAACACUCUCACGGGCAAGCGAUUCCGCCUACAUCCAGCGCGCCAUCACAACGAGCCUCACAAGUCUCUCAAUGUGAGCAGAGUACGGCAGUGACGUUGCAAACCACUGCCCCGUUUGGACAGACGUGGGAUACGGCUAGAGAACAGAUGCUCAUUGACGUUCUCAGCGUCGUCGCAAACCCUGUCUCCUCGGGCGCCGCCCUAUCGUCACUGCAGCCGGAGGACCGCGCACAGACUUCGCAACCAUCCCUGCUGACAGAAGAUCCGAGUCGUGUUCUCUGUACAAACAUGGCGCUAUCUGGCUUUAACGAUCCCGCGCAGAGCAGCACGUGUGUGUCACAGCAGAACUUGGACACUACUGCACUAAACAGUGGUUCAAAUUUACCAGCUUUUUCUCAACUGGCUGAGCUGAUUCAGGAUUACGAGCGUCCAGCUGGGGCAAACGGGGAUCGGAACGACACUGGUCAAGAUGGUUCAAUGUCCUGUCAAAGUUCUGACGCUCUUGAGACAGUCCAGCUACACGAUAUUGCUAUGCUGGACAAUACGGACCGUGUUACUGAGGAAAACGGUACAGAUCAGUGCACACCACACCAUGCAUCAGGUACAAGCUGCCAGACUCGCUCACAGACGAGGAAUAAAUUACGGCGGACCAGAUCCAGAGUCUCUGAGAGUUCCGUGGACGAUGCGUCACAAGAGUUUAAGGAAUACCUUAAAACGCUUCCCCCCGAAGAACGAAAGCGAGAGCUGAACAGGCGGGCGGCCAAGCGAUGUCGUGACAAGAAAUAUGAGAAGGAGUUGGAAUUGGAAGCUAAAGCGAAACAGCUUCGCGAACAACGUACUGAACUACUGAGAGAGAAGGCUCAGUUACAGGAACAAAGUAACUCGAUUGCCUCCAAUCUCCGCCAACACUCUUUCUGUCAGAGGCAUUAGGUGGCUGUGGUGGCUGUAGACGUUCACAGUCAAGGCCCAGUAUGUAGGAAGAAAGUAACUCGAUUGCCUCCUAUCUCCGCUAACACUCUUUCUGUCAGAGGCAUUAGGUGGCUGUAGACGUUCACAGUCAAGGCCCAGUAUGUAGGAAGAAAGUAACUCGAUUGCCUCCUAUCUCCGCUAACACUCUUUCUGUCAGAGGCAUUAGGUGGCUGUAGACGUUCACAGUCAAGGCCCAGUAUGUAGGAAGAAAGUAACUCGAUUGCCUCCUAUCUCCGCUAACACUCUUUCUGUCAGAGGCAUUAGGUGGCUGUAGACGUUCACAGUCAAGGCCCAGUAUGUAGGAAGAAAGUAACUCGAUUGCCUCCUAUCUCCGCUAACACUCUUUCUGUCAGAGGCAUUAGGUGGCUGUAGACGUUCACAGUCAA